AUGACUUCCCCCUUCCGACAGUGGUCACCGAAGAAUCUGGAGUCCCUUCAGGAAUGGAUUACUCCAAAGGCACGAGGCAGCAAGUACCGCCAAGAUAUCGAAUUCGCCCACGUUGAGAUAGACAUCGAUCAACCAUCUGACCAGUCCAUCUGGGAAACCGUCCUCGAUUCGGCGUGCCGAGACAGCGAUACCCGCACGCGUGUUUGGGUCGUCGGACCAGAUACACAGACCGAUAUCGCCACACUAGCAUGGCAUCAAGUCAACUCACGCAAGGAGGGCAUUAAUAUCAACACGGCCACAUACCAAGAGUUCUCCGCAUUCCUCCAUGACAGCCGUAAUUCUCAAGGCCUCGGAUUCUAUGUGAUCAUCUACAUCGAUCCCCUGAUGAGCGCAGAAUGCGCCCUGGCAAUGCUGGGUACCGUGCACUGGGCGACUGUCAUCAGUGACGCCGUUCCCGUCCGAAUCCUCAGCAUCUCCAACGCACCUCACCCAGAAUCGCUCAGCCGGCUUACAGAUGAGGACAAGAUCAAGACCAUAGAGCGCGAUCUUGAGAAGGAGGAAACGGAGCAACAGAUCAUUGUCUGCUACUCUCCUUGGGACUGGACUCGAAACCUACCCAGAAAGAACAACCAGGGAUUUAUCUUAAAAACGGCUCAAGACGACUCGGUCGAGGAUCGAUUGAAGCACUUCGACAGGGUGCCAGCCAGAGACAUUCUGAACAACGAGCCGAAGCAAGUACAACUCGAGAAGAAAGACUACGAUGUGGUCGCCAAGAACGAAGGUUGCAUAAUGCUUCAACUUCCCCCGGGCUACCGACAUCCCUCCCCUUUGGCCGGAUUCGAAGUAAUUCAUCUUUGCCUCAGUACAUCUCGCGAGCAGACCAUUUUCGAUCCAUAUACAGAGCAAAUGGCACGAUUGCGACUCCUGACGUCGGAAGAAGAGCGGCAAGAGCAGGUUGCGAUGACCUUCCGCACAAGCCGCGCUCGUCGUCCACGAGUCAUGCUGUACUGCGAUCAGGGAACCAUCGAUCACUUUGUGGAGUUCGGGGCCUCCGAGAGGCGGCUUAGAAUCUGUAAUGAUCAUACCCCCGGCUUUAUUCUGGCCCUUGUCUGCCUUAAGGACUGGGAACUUGACAUCGAAAAAAUACUUUCGUGUUUCUUUUCAGAAGACCAACAACAGUCCAUCCUGACUCUUUUCCGGUGUAGGCUAGGUACACAACGUAUCAUACGCGAGGCUAUCUCUGAGGCAGAAGAGAGACUGAGCUUCCUUGGAACGAGAUUCCAUGGAAAAGCAUCUCUUCUCCUGAAGCUCCUGCCCAUCGUUGACUUCGAUUACCGACUUGCUGUCUUCAUCGCCCACCCAACGCAAUCUACAAAGGUCUUCAAAGUCAAGCUGCAAUUGGCCGCCAUCCUGGUCACCGGGAUUGAAAAGCUAUUCACGUUUGCUCGUCGAGGAAGCAUGCCAUAUGAGGAGUAUAAAAAAUCACUUAUUCUCGCUUGUCAAGGCUGGACCUCUCUGCUUGCUCGCACGGGCGGCAGUAUUUGGCUCGCUGUGGGCUUAUGGAAAAGUGGCGCCGCAGGCGUGGAGGACCGUGAUGUUGCUGAGUUGAGCGACGUCAAAAUACAUGGCGCUCCGGUCACGAUGAACAUGGCCGCGUUUCAUGCUGUGCAGCGGACACUCAAUUCAUUGACGAACGCCUGUGCCCUAUCAUACAUCCCCGUCCUUCCUGACUCACUGCCUGAGAAUGACGUGCUCAGUGACUCAGAGUCCGACGAGAUCCAGGGACAUCUAGCUUGGGCCUACCUCUGGCAAGUAGUGCAAACGGAGAGACUCCCUGACGGCAAGAUAGUUCACCGACUGCUCAACGGGAUCCACAACAACUACACCCUCACUCUACCCGCUUGGGCUUUCGAUGAAAGCGAUGUAGACUGUUUGCUUGGUGGCGAUGUUCCUUACUACAACGACGGAUCGCACGACAACAGCAUCUUUGGUAUCUUUCACGGAAUGUCACGGGAGUUUGAAAUUUCGAACUUUUAUUUGGACGACUGGACCUACAUUUCUGGUGACAUAUUUCGCAAUGCUCAUUUCGACAGCGACUUUUGGGACCUCAAGGACGGUUCGAGCUUCUGUCCUCGCGACCCUGAAUAA